GCACGAUGCCGGCAUUUGGAGCCAACACGCCGGUUCUAGACUCCUUUUUGACUGUCAUUAUCGAUAGUAUCAGAAGUAAAAAUGGCCAGCGUAUCACGGAACUCAUUCAACUGGACAUUGGCAGCCUACCGCCAGAACGACAAAAGCCAUAUGCCGACCUCAAUUCAGAAUUGAAUCGAAACUACCCUCCGGAGAAGGAUGGAGAACUAUCGGCCAGAUGCCACAGAGAUCUAUCACAGGAUGAGUUUGGGCUAUUCAGCAUUACUUUUUCCGAUAGCAUCGUACAUUACUUCCGCUAUCUUCGAGAUUUCACCACAGCCGAUAAUCAUGCAAAAGCCUCGAAGAUUCGACAACUUACUAGUCAAUGUGUUAUUGCUCUUGGCGAUUCCAGAUAUGGAGUGAUUAUGAUACCGAUUGUGCUCUCCUUUUCACGUACUUUGGCUACGAUCGCCUCGAAUCUGGACCGGAACCCAAGCCUGGUGAGAAGCAACGAUCUCCUCAAGACUCCAGACACAGAAGGCGCUCCGGGCAAAGUCAGUUUCGUUGAAGAUGCUGCUAAUGUCUUGCGAGAUGCCUUCAUCAAGUGUCUUGCGGGCAGUCCUGGCGUGUCGCGUACUUCACGGCCAACCGCCGAUGACAAACGUGUCGGAAUCUAUUUGACGGCAAACUCGUGUCUCAAGCUGUUGACCCAGUGUCGGAAAUUACGGAAUGCACAACAAAUGUUCUCUAGCAUUGACGCACAGUCCCCGCCACUGUUGUAUUAUCCUGCGGCCCAGCGAGUUACAUAUCUGUAUUAUCUCGGUCGCUAUCACUUCGCCAACAAUCAUUUCCUGCGUGCUCAAGCAGCUCUCCAAGCGGCCUACGAGCAAUGUCAUCGAGAUGCAAUCAAACACCGAAAGACCAUCCUUAUCUACCUCAUCGCGGCGAACCUGUGUUUGGGUCGCUUCCCAUCAUCGUCCUUGCUGUCAAGGCCUGAAGCCAUCGAGCUGAGUCAAAGGUUCCUGCCUCUUUGCAAGAUAGUGCGGACUGGCGACCUGGGGGCUUUCUACCAAUAUCUAGAUGCGGAAACAGAGUCCGGAAUGUGGUUCCUACGUCGAUCUGUCCUGCUCCAAUUACAGAACAGAUGCGAGAUCAUAGUUUGGAGAAGCUUGAUCAGGAAAACGUUUUCCUUCAGUGGUUACAUGGGCGAAGAGAAGAAAGUCCCGUUCUUGAGGCUUCAAUAUGUUCAACACGCUGCCGCUUGGGCCUUGAACAGGCGCAUACCUCCGACGCCGGCAAGUGGCUUCAUGUCUCACGCAUCAAACGCAAAAUCCUCUUACAUUGACACCGAAUUCGGUGAUAUGGAUUUAGCGAUCAAUGAAACAGGCUUCGAUGUAGAGAGUGGAGAGUAUAUUGAAGAGUAUGUUGGCCAGCAUCAGAGUUCCAAUGGCGACAAUGUUGAGCAAACACCGACAAUGACUGAGAUCGAGUCGGUGAUACUCAGCCUCAUACAACAAGGGCUCAUCAAAGGAUUUGCGCUGCAUACCAAUCCGAGAUUUGCAAUACCGGGCAGUCAAAAGGCAGGAGGACCGAUGAAAGCUGGGUUUCCAGAAAUAUGGAAGGUCAUCAACAGCAGAAUGGGAGACGAGCCAGUGCCAGGCUGGGUUGAGGAGGCCAAUCUCCACACAGGAGGUAGCAAUGUGGUUAGGAUCUUUGGAGCCAGACCUGCAGGCGCAUAGAAUUGAGUCACGGAGCAGACAUGUACGAGUACCAAAGGAGAAGCAGAUACAUCGCGUAGACGACAAAAAAACGCCUUGCACGGAAAAAUGACAUGUAUAUCAUAAAU